AUGCGAAUUGUGUCACUGCUCACUGGUCUGGGCUACAUGCUUGUACCUCGUCAUUUUGCCCUUUGCAAGUCGAUGCAACAGCAGAGGUGGGCCACGCCGCCACUGGCUGAGGCGGCCGCUGCUGCCCAUGCCGCGCCCAGGCCGACAGCAGCAUCUUCACGGGAAGCGAGGCGCGGGCCCGGCCGCCACCGGGUGAGGCGGCAGCGCCCAUGCGUGCACCAGGAGUACGUGGUGUCCCCGGGCGCCGCCGUCUUCGAUGGCGCCGGCGGCACGCCGCAGGGGUACUCUUCCCCGUCGUCUUCGGACGCGAUGCGGGAGAUGAUCUUCCACAUCGCGGCGCUGCAGCCGGUGGAGGUCGACCCGGAGGCGGUGCGCCCGCCGAAGCGCCGCAACGUGCGGACCUCCAAGGACCCGCAGAGCGUGGCGGCGAGGCUGCGGCGGGAGCGCAUCAGCGAGCGGAUCCGCGUCCUGCAGCGCCUCGUCCCCGGCGGCACCAAGAUGGACACCGCCUCCAUGCUCGACGAGGCCAUCCACUACGUCAAGUUCCUCAAGUCCCAGGUGCAGUCGCUCGAGCUCGCCGCCGCCGCCACCGGCGCGGCCGCCCACCGUGCCGCUGCCUUCGCCUACCCCGCCCUUCAGCACGCGCCGUGGUAGCCCAUCCUCAUCAGCACGGCUCGUCGACGCUUCAGCUACCAUGAUAGUGAUUCAAUAAUCCUUCCGUUUCUGUCGCCGGCCCGCGCCGCGCGCACCAGCUCGUCGUCCUCGAUCGCUUUUGGAGUUCCUCGGAUGAUUUCUGUAGCUCUGUGCGGCUGUGUGCAUGGCCACAUGCAUGCAUGUGUGUAAAGAUGUGUAGUAGGAACCUUCUAGUUACAUUUAUUGUCGUUGUUACCGCAUGCUAGCUAGCUCGUACGUGGUUUGCUCCAAGCUUUUUUUGGACUCGCAAGCCCGU